AUGACAAAUCAUUACGAGUAUAUAAAAAAAGGGGAUAAAUCUAAAAAACCAACUUUUCUUUUUGAAUGUACGAAUGUAACAAUAUGGGCAAAAGAAUUACGGGAAGUUCAGUCGCAGCUCAACAUUUUACGUGGUUUCAAUUUUCUCAGUACUAAAAGACACUUUAUGAACAGUCUUCUCAAAGUUGCAAGAGAAAAAGACAAUGAUAUUUACUGUGUAUUUCAGGUCCAAGUUUUACAACACGUUGAUAAUGUGACGCUGGCAAAUUGGCAAAAUUUUUGGCUGCCGAAUGACCCACUCACGUUGCAGAUAACACAGCAGCAGCAGCAGCUUCUUCAGCAACUACAAAAUCCAUCUACAAAACCAGCUGCAACACCAGCAAUAGCCAUCCGUAAUCGUUAA